CUAUUAAAUUGCUUCACUUUUCAAGACCAGUUUCAAUUGAUAUCGUCAGCAGAAAAGCGCGGACUAUAAAUACGAGGGAUGAGAUUACAUAGGUAUAUAUGUCUAGAUUGUUCAACGUAAGGAAACAAUAGCGAGUGGGCCUUGCUCGAACGAACAGUGCGUGUCAGAUAUUUCUUCGAGUUUUUAACUGACUGAUACAGUUUGAUCGAAACGUAGCGUGCAACAAGUAUGAGGGCGUACCUGAUUGUCACCGUGAUUGUUAUUUUAUUCGUUUUUGCCACAGAAGGUCAAUGUGUCAAAUGUAUGAUCUUGGGGAGGAUUGGUAACGGACGAAGGAUGUCCGGCGGGAGGAGCGGCACCUCUUGGCAGAGAAGCUCAAGCUCAAGCUCACGUUAUAAAACAGGGUGGAAUCUGCCGUUGUACGGCUAUGCAUACUAUGCAGGGUCAAUGUAUAGGAAUGGUAAUCCGACGUCUCAAUCCGAAUUCAGUUAUGGAAACAGCAGGACGAAUACGGAAUCAAGAUAUUCGACGUAUAAUUCAUCGUAUAAUGCAUCGUAUAAUCAAUCAGAAGGAUAUCCUGAGCAAUCUAAAAAAGAACCUACGUACUCCAAUUACGAUGAAAUUAGUUGGACAUAAUUUCUUUCGAUUUUUCUUCUUAUAAUGCGACAAAUUUUGUUACAAUAACAGCAUAUAUAUAUUGCAAUUUAUCUGAACAACUUUUGCGAUUUUGUAGCAAAUAGUAUAUAAUAGUUUUCUUGUAAAAUAAAAAUACAAUAAUUCUUAUAA